GCCCCUACCGUUGAGUCAGGGUCGACCCCAGGAAUACAGCAAGAACGAAACACUGUCCCUUCUUUCACAUUCUAGUGAGUAGGGCCCUGCAUUCCAUUUUGCCUCAGCCUAUGUGGCCUGCGGCUUCCGACUUGAGGAUCGUCCAAGAUCCUUCCAGUGCGGUGCGGGGUGCCCGGGGCACGCGCGGGCUGGCAGAGCGCGGUGGCUCCGCGCGCGCGUCCAAGAGCCGGGACGAAGGUACGGCCCUGGUACUAGCGGGGCCUGAGUAGGAGAAGAGCCGCUUCACCAACCGGAGUCGCUGGGGUGGGGUUGGGGCGUCCUCCAGGCGACUUUGGGGCAUUGGUCCAGGUGUGCCCUCAGUGACACGAGAAUUUUCAAGACCGCGUCUUUAAUAACCCUACUUAACACCGACGGGGAAACCGAGGCCCGGACUGAGCCCCGCGGUCAGCGCAGGGGAGUCAGGGGAGCGUGGAGAAUACUAAAUCACAGCGAGCCCAACAGUUGAGCAGGCGGAACUCGAUUAAGAAACCUGGUAUCUCUGAUGCCUACUAGAAACUUGGUGCCAUAAAGAACUUCGGGUGGCGGGCCCCACAGCCCUUUAAAUUCACUGCGCGCGGGAACCGCAGCCCAACAGCCGCGGGCGGGAGGGGAGGGGCCGAGCGCGACUCGCGCCUCCGCGGACCAACAACCGCCCCUUGGCCCUGCCCGUUCCGCGAAGCCUUGCCAAUCACCAACUUUCCAGUCGCCCUCCCCUGCACGCCCCCUUGCAUCGCUGCCCGGGCAAACCGUGCCGACCGCGGGACCGGGGCGGGGACCCGGGCGGGUGUGUCUGGGCGAGUGCCGGCGUCGCGCGCUCCUCCGGAGUUUCGAACCCAGUUGGCUCUUGAGGCAGAAAAAAAAUAAGCACGACGGCCAAUGGCGUGGCAAAGAGAACCCGCGCGCAGAACCGGUACCGCCCCUCCGGGCCAGAAAGAAGUCCAGGCCUGGUCAUUGGCUCUUGCAGCCUGUCAUUCGCGGAUGCGGCCAGCGGGCAGAGGCCUGGCGGUGAUUGGUUCCGCCCAGGCGCGAAAUGUAACGCGGGAAAAGCCAGAGCAGGGACCGCGGUAGCAGGUUGUUAUUUUCGGGGUCUCGGCGCCGCGCGUCCGGUUUUCCUGUCACCGCAAAGGCCAGACCACCCGCUGCAGUCUGCGUUGGGGAAUACAAAGCGGAGUGCGGGCUUGACCCGGAGCUGGGGUCCGGCCCUGCCUGCCAGGUGCCAGCCGCGCCGCUCAACUCCUUUGGUGGCCGCUGCGCAGGAUUCCGGGGAAACGUCCGCCUGCCAUGAGCCGGCGGGACUGAGCUGGCGACACUGAGCAGCGCGGGCGGGCGAGCCAGGGGUCAGAACCGCACUCAGAGAGUGCGUCCAGGGACUGCUGGAACUGCGGAUCAGGACCGGGCGAUGAUCCGGGGCGUGGAGGCGCCGAUGGCGGACAACCCGCCGCAGCCGCCGCCCGUCAUCUUCUGCCACGACUCCCCGAAGCGGGUGCUAGUGUCGGUCAUCAGGACGACCCCGAUUAAGCCCACGUGCGGCGGCGGAGGGGAGCCGGAGCCGCCGCCGCCACUCAUCCCCACCAGCCCCGGCUUCAGCGACUUCAUGGUGUACCCGUGGCGCUGGGGCGAGAACGCCCACAACGUGACGCUCAGCCCCGGGGCUGCGGGGGGCGCCGCUUCGGCCGCCCUGCCUGCAGCUGCCGCCGAGCACCCGGGGCUCCGGGUCCGCGGCGCGCCCCUGCCCUCCGCCUCGGCCGCCGCCGCCUCCGGAGGUGAGGACGAGGAGGAAGCGAGCAGCCCAGACAGUGGCCACCUCAAGGAUGGAAUCCGACGUGGUAGACCCAGAGCAGAUACUGUUCGAGAUUUAAUAAAUGAAGGAGAGCAUUCAUCCAGCAGAAUACGUUGUAACAUCUGUAAUAGGGUGUUUCCACGGGAGAAAUCACUCCAGGCUCACAAGAGGACUCAUACAGGUGAAAGACCAUAUCUGUGUGACUAUCCGGACUGUGGAAAAGCCUUUGUUCAAAGUGGGCAGCUCAAAACACAUCAGCGUCUUCACACCGGAGAGAAACCUUUUGUUUGUUCAGAAAAUGGUUGCCUGAGCAGAUUCACCCAUGCAAACCGCCACUGUCCAAAGCACCCUUAUGCCAGGCUGAAGAGGGAGGAGCCUACGGACACACUCAACAAGCAUCAGGCUGCGGACAACAAGGCUGCUGCUGAGUGGUUGGCAAAGUAUUGGGAAAUGAGAGAGCAGCGCACCCCCACCUUGAAAGGCAAGCUCGUCCAGAAGGCGGAUCAGGAGCAGCAAGACCCCCUGGAAUACCUUCAGUCUGACGGGGAGGAUGAUGAGAAGAGUGGGGCCCAGCGCCGGCUGCAGGAGCAGCGGGAGCGCCUGCACGGAGCCCUCGCUCUCAUAGAGCUGGCCAACCUGACAGGGGCGCCGCUCCGACAGUAGCUUGGACACUGACUCUUCCACUGUAGAAAAGUACUGCCCAGAAUACUUAAAAAGUAGAUCCUUGGGCAUAAGCUAAGCACCUUAUUUGCUUAUCAUAGGCUGCUAUUCUGUAGAAAUUUAUGAAGAAUGUUAUUGCCCCAGAAUAUGGGGUGAGAGAGAAAUGCACUUUUUUAUAUGGAAAUGGAUUUGAUGUAAAGUUUUAAAUGUUUUGUAAAUAUUGAUUACAUAGUACAGGGUAGAAAACUAUGUAUUGUGGGAAGCUAGAUUUUGCAAGUUUAAUGCAUUCAUUGGAAGCAGUUCUCACAGGAAGCACUUUCUGAAUAAGACACUUGUAUGAAAAACAGAAUGGUACAAAUAGCCAAAGAAGGUGAAGUAGGUUAUUUAUAACAUCAUUUUUAACAAUGUAUAUUAGUAUGUUUAACAAUACUGUAAACACUGAAGCAAGCAAGAAAGUAUAAGAUACAGUAUGUGUGUAAAAUAGAUACUUUUAAAUUGCAAAAUAGUAUGCCCACUAAAGUUUGAGAAAUGGGAAGCUGACUAUUUUGGAAGAUGUUCUAAGUUAUGGAUUUGGUAAAAAUAGGUAUUUUAGGAUCUUGGUAAGAUGCACAAUAAUUCAGAAUUUUCAAAAUUGGAGUAAAAUCAGUCUUAUUCUAUCUUUCUGGGGCUUUACAAUUCACUAUAAUGUUUAAGUUUGAAAAGCACUUGUCAUCCCUAGCAUGUAAACUUGGGAACUUUUGCACAUUUCAUAUUUCUCAUUUGCUGAAAUUGAGUGAUUAAUCUUGCAAAGUCUAGGUAACAUGGUAAUUGGUGAUUUUUUUUUAAUAUAUUAUGGGCCCUGUAAUGAGAUUUGGCACAUGGAUUUUAUUAAUAAAAGGGACAUCUACAGGGUUGUUUUGUAGUGAAAUGUUUUAGAUCUUCUGUUAGCAAACACUAAAUUUUAAUUGUACUGCUUACUUAGAAUUAUUAGCAAAUGGAAGCCUCCAUAUUUAUAUUUUCAGUGCAUAAAGCCACCUUCUUGCUUUACUUCAGAAUAACAUGCGAAGCUAUUUUGUGUUCACUAAAUUUAACUAUCAGUUAAACACUGCAGAAAAUAUUAGCUAGUCAAAUAAGUAGGAUUCUGAAAUAGUUUUUAACUGCAAGUGUGUGAACUUGUGUGGUGGUUUUAACCAUUUUUUCCAGAUAGAUGAAGGUAUUAGACACCACUUAUGUACUGAAGCAUGAACAUAAAAAUCAAGAGCUGAGCAGACCACCUCCUUUAUGUAGACAAAACCUUCUAUCAAUUUGGUUUGUGUUAUAAGCAGAACUAAAUGACAUGCAUAGCAUGGUAAUUUAUAGAUUGCUUAAUUGGAGUAAAACUCAGACUACUGGAGGGAAAUAUGGACUUUUCAUAUUUUUGAGUUGAAGUGCUAAUACAGCUGUAGUUUAAACAUUGUCUAGAAUGUAGGCUUCUUUAUCCAAAAAUCGUAAUGUGUUGCAGUAACAGAUAGUAUAAAAUAUAUAGCCAUGGGGAAGGGGAGAUACGUAAAUGUCUGGAAGAGGAACAAAAAUAUGAAAGAAGAUAUGAUAGUUACAAAUAAUGUGUAUGAUGAGGACAUACUUUAAAAAUGUAAUUCCUCUGUAUAAUAAAUUACAAAUCUUUCAGGAUUUUUUUAAAUAAGAGAAUUUAUAUUUGUAAUGGUCUAAGAAUUUUGUUUGUAAUCUGAUAUAUAGAAUUUUAACUUGGAGCACUUAUAAGCCCGGUAACAGAGACUACAGCAUCUGAAUUUUCUCGGUUUAGGUUUCAACAUUUCCUUUAGAAUUUUUCCUCUUAAAUGCAAUUUAAAUGAUCUAAAAGGCAACACUCAUCAGUCUUGCGAAAUUUAAAAUUGGAUAAACUCAAGAAGGAAGGAUAGUCAGAAUUUUUCAAAUACAAAUAUUUGCCAAGUUAGAGAUGAUAAAAUUUAAGGCCUUAAAAAGUAAGGGUUUGGUUUUGUUUGUUUCUCCAGUCAGCUUUUUUAAACUCUAAUAGUUAUAUUCACAAACAUUUUUUAUUUGCAUAAUUAGAACAGUUUAAGAAAUUAUUACAACUAUUUACUAUAGAAGCAUUUUAAAUGUUCUUUUUUGAUAUAAGCUAUAUACUUGGACAAAAUACAUUGUUAUCUAAAAUUCGAGGUGUGUUAAGACUGCUUUUUGUUUUAAAAAAAUGUGGUUUACAUUCAAAUUUUUGAAGUGUUUUAUGCUUCAUAUGGCUAAGUUGUAGUUCGGCAAAGUUAACAGCAUGAGAAAAACAUGCUGUAAUUUUAAAAGAUGCUUUGAAUAAAAAUUUAUUUUAAUUUAAA